AUGAGAAUAUCUCUUAAUCUUAUUGCAAUAUUCCUCCUCCUAAUCCUUCAUCAUAAGUCAAAUGGCCAAAAUAAUCCAAAUAUUACCACAGGUUCUACUUUCACUGCUGGAGAAAAUGGUUCUUUGUUAUCCUCGUCCGGGGACUUUGCCUUUGGAUUUUAUCCUAUUUCAGAUACUGUUUUCCUAGUUGGAAUUUGGUUCAACAAAAUCCAGGAAAGAACACUUGUCUGGUCAGCAAAUCGCGACGGCCCAGCUGAAAUCAGAUCAACUAUUAGUCUAACAAAUGGUGGCCUGCUUGUGCUCAACUAUGCUAACAGCACAGUUCAACAAAUUAGCAAUAGGACUGCAAGUUUGGGAACCAUGCAAGAUGAUGGAAAUCUUGUGUUGAGAGACUCUAGUUCAAAUAAUGUUUGGGAAAGCUUUAACUUUCCCACUGAUACACUUUUGCCAGGACAAACUUUAUUAUCAGGAGGACAGCUCUAUUCUAAUUCUAUUUCAGAUGGGAAUUCCAAGUACUGUAAAGGGAAAUUCAGGCUAGACAUGCAAGCUGAUGGAAAAUUGGUACUAUCUGCUUAUCAUUUUGGGGACACAGGAUAUUGGCUGAAUAGUCUAGAUGAUGAAGGAAACCAUGAAGUGAAAUUAGUUUUCGACCAGAGGAAUGCAUCUUUGUACCUUGUGAAAGAUAACAAUAACACAAUUUUUUCUUUUCCAUCGAACGUGCCAACCCCAGUUGAAGACUACUACCACCGUGCAACUAUAGGCAGUUUUGGAAACUUCCAGCAGUAUGCUUAUCAUAAGACUAAUGAUAGCAAUUGGUUUAGACUUUGGAAGAUCCUUUCAGAGCCAUGUAUGGUUAAUGCUGUUUGUGGGGCUUAUGGAUUGUGCAGCUCAAAUGAUAACGAAACAGUAAGUUGUGACUGUCUUCCGGGGUUUGUCUUCUUGGAUCCAAGUAAUCCUACCAAAGGUUGUCAUCCAGAGACAAUAAUCAACUUCUGUGCAGAUCAUCUAUUUACAGGAAAUUUCACAAUAGAGGCUAUUCAGGACAGUGACAUGCCUUACAAUGAGGUUGGGGAUUAUGAAAUUUAUCGUGAUGUCGACGAGGAGGAAUGCAAGAAAGUUAUCAGGGAAGAUUGUUAUGCCAUGGCUGCUUCUCUAAUCAAUAGGGAAUCUAAAGAUGGCAUACAAACAAAAAAGAAAACCAACACCAGAGCCCAUCUCACUGCUGGCCUUUUAACUACCAGUUCACUUACUGUCCUAUUUGGAGCCUUGGCUUUGUACUAUCAUCCUGCUCCUCUGAGACUCGUAAGACGAGAGUGGAAUCCAAAUUCAUCAAGAAUAGGUAUCAAUUUCCGCGAGUUCACAUACAAAGAACUGCAUGAAAUUACAAAUGGCUUCAGCAAGCUACUUGGAAAAGGAGCUUCUGCAAAAGUUUACUAUGGUAAUCUCAAGUUAAAGGAUGUUCAAGUAGAGAUUGCAGUGAAGCUGAUGGAAGACGUUGCAGAACCAAGUGAGAAGGUAUUCAUGACAGAGCUAAAAAUCAUAGGCAGAACUCAUCACAAGAACUUGGUGAAGUUAUUAGGAUUUUGCAUUGAGGAUAAUCAAUUCAUUUUGGUUUACGAGUUGAUGAAGAACGGAGCAUUAUCAGAUUUUUUGUUCAAGGAAGAAGUACUGCCUACUUGGAGUCAAAGAACAGAAAUGGCACUAGGAAUUGCAAGAGGACUUCUUUACUUACAUGAAGGAUGUGAUUCUCCAAUCAUCCACUGUGACAUAAAGCCUCAAAAUGUACUUCUCGACAGCAAAUACAAUGCCAAGAUUUCAGAUUUUGGGCUAUCAAAACUCUUGCAAAAGGAUCAAACAAGAACAGAUACUAGCGCAAGAGGGACAGUGGGAUAUUUAGCACCAGAAUGGCUAAAGAAUGCACCAAUAACACCUAAAGUUGACAUCUUUAGUUUUGGUGUAAUGUUACUAGAGAUCACAUGUGGUAGAAGGCAUAUUGAGCUUAGCAGGGUAGAAGAAGAGAGCGAAGACGAUGAAGGUGAUGAUUUAUUGCUUGUAAAUUGGGUUUCAGGCUGUGUGAGAAGUGGUAGAAUUGACAAACUUGCAAGGAGUGAUCCUGAAGUAUUGAAUGAUAUUAAAAGAUUUGAACGAUUCGUGAAGGUGGGAUUGUGGUGUGUCCAUCCUGAUCCAAUUGUUAGACCUUCAAUGAAAAUGGUGAUGCAAAUGCUUGAAGGCAUAACAGAAGUUGAAGUUCCUCCAAUGUUUUAUCACUAAAUGAUAGUAAUGAAGAACCUUAAGGAACAUCCUGCAGUACUUAUGCUCUUGUAAAAUUAGUCUAAGUUUUAGAAUUUGAGUUGUUACUUUUGCAAGUUCAUAGUCUGUGCUUCAAUUUCUCCCUUUGUCAUGUUUGCUGUAACUUUAUUUACUC